AUGCAAAAUCAAAUGGCAGAUUACUCUUCCUAAAAGUGGUACAUAGAUGAUGUCACUGGAGGCAGCACCAGCAACCAGAGCUAGAGACCAGAGCCGGUCUCUCAGAGCCAUGGUCACACAUAUGCCCAACUGUGUUGAGUGAUACAGGGUGGAAUGGAAUGAUGUGUGGAGGUCACAUCAAAAAUCUAUCCAGAAAGGCCCUUAACACCUCACAACUUGCCUAUUAUUCUUGUUUUAUCAGUUAUUCAAAGAGAAGUGUGGGGAAAAUGGAAAGUUACUAAAAGGUCAGGAAAUGUCUGCAGAAAGUCAGGCCCCCUCAAGGUCUUGCCUUACAAUCAUGAGUGCUCCAGUAAGACAAGAUACUUUCAUGUAUGCAUUGUCAUUCUUCCUUCCCAACGAACAGCUUGAACUGUGUGGAAAUAUUUUUUCUGCCAAGUUGAGCUAUGGUCGCCUAGGAAUUAAUUGACUUGUGCCCUACAAAUAUGAAGGUGGAAAGACUAAAAAUGUGCAAUACCAAGAUUCAGAGCAAGAACUUCAUAGUCAGGAAAUCAGCAGGGUACUAAGAGGAGCUAUCUGAACCACACCUUUUGUAACUCUGGAGACUUUUGGGGUCAGUUAUAUCCAUUAUUAGAUUAAUAGGAUGUUCGUGUAGAGAAAUGGGAUGACCUUUCAAAGUUCUGUUUGACAAAGUAUCUCCAUGCCACCUAUCUCAGACAGUUGAUGUUGAUUAGAUGUUUCUGUUCACUAACAAGAAAAAGUAUCCCAGUUACAUAGGAGGGACUUUAAAGGAGAAUUUUGUAACAGUGCAAGGUGCUUCAUACUGAAGUGAAGUAUAAAAGUAAAUACAGAAAAUUAAGAAUUUCCUUCAAAGGAAUUGAGAAAGAGAGAAUGAGAUUGAGAUUAAAGUAGAUAUCCAAAAGGACAAGAUGACUUAAGUACACCACUUCAUAGAAGCAGGGGAAUAGAGCCCAUGACCCCUUCAUAUGUCACUUUGGGGAGCAGGGGGGUAACUAAGAAAUAUAAAGCAAGACCAUCUCUUUUAAAGAGCCUACAAUAUCGUGGAAGAAUCAAUAUAAAACUUUAGAAAUCACAAGUAACCAAUUCAUUGUUGAUGCCAAAUUGUAUUGGCUGUUAUUUGUGCUUCAGAAGUUCAGGUGCGGGGAGCAAGGGGCAACAGUGAGGAGGACAGGAUUAUCCUUCCAUCUCCCCCAGGAAUUUUAGACCACCUAUAACCAUUGAUUAGGACUUUGUUAGGGAAUGCGUGGGGAGAGGUUAUUCAGGACAGGAUAGCAACAAAGCAAAGGCCCAAAAGAAAGCAUUCACAGAGCAUGGAGGACCCAACUUUGAGCAGCACAGAGGGUAGCAGCACAGAUCUGACCAUUCAAAAUAUGGUCAGAUUAUAUGAGCUUACCAUGAGAGAGUAAAAUUUAGGCACAAUAAUUUAGUUUUGAUAGGGUAAGCAAUAACAGUUAACUGAAUCACCAUGAAAUGAGAUGUGGCAUGGUGAGAACAACUUCAGGACUGUCUAGUAAUGAAACACUUGAUGGAUGGAGCAGCAAACUGCUCCAGACAGAGGGCAUAGCCAGGAGACUUCCAUGGCACUAGCAUGAGCUGACGAAGGAGUCUGCCUGUGGAGGAACUGGGAGGAUGCUGGUGCCUUUCAGAGAUCCUGAAAAACUGGGUGUGGGAUCACAUAGGUGAGGAAAGCAGCCAUCAAGCCUUGCUGUUUGUCUGUAGUGCUGUGCAUAUACUCAAGGCACUGAGCAUGCAGAACUGAAGGUACAGAUAUGAAGAACACCAGCACACAGAUUAUGGCUGAAACCACUGGGAAUGCCUGAUCCCUCUGAGAAAAGAGAAGCAAAAAUACUCGGCGCUGUCGUGGCGGGUUUGCUGAAGAAGACCACUGGCCUUGUGGGACUGGCUGUAUGUGACACUCUGCAUGAGAGGCUAAGAAUAUUGUACACAAAGAUUCUUGAUGUUCUUGAGCAAAUCCCUAAAAAUGCAGCAUAUAGGAAGUACACAGAACAGAUUACCAAUGAGAAGCUGGGUAUUGUUAAAGCAAAAACAGAUGUUAAAAAAUUAGAGGAUCGGCUUCAGGGUGGUGAAAUAGAAGAGGUGAGUCUUCAGGCUGAAAAUGAACUAAGUCUGGCAAGAAAAAUAAUACAAUGGAAACCAUGGGAACCUUUAGUGGAAGAGCCUCCUGCCAACCAGUGGAAAUGGCCAAUAUAAUGACAUGUGUGUUGAUGAGAAACUGAUGCAAUUAAAUGUUCUGUUAAAUUUAAAAAAAAAAAAAAAGAGAGAAGCAAAAAUAGGGCCGGGGCUGAGAUUGAGCUUCAACACCUAGACUCCCAUUGCUGUUUCCUCUACUGAGAACAGAUUUUCUCUGGAUUGCUGCUUUUAAUUCUGUCUUCACUUAUUUAGGAAAUAUUAAAGACCCAAUAGUUUAUCAGACUGAGGAUGCUAUAUAUUUAUAGAUGUUCUCUAAGGUACCUUCUAAAAACUAUGCCUAUAUUGCCCCAUAGUCAGUACAGCCAAAUACAAGCACCUGCAAGGAGAUGCUUAAUUUCUAAAGAAUAAAACCCUGAAAACACAACCCCAGUGUUGUUUGUAAUCCACUGCUACAUUUUUAAAUGCCAGAAACAGAUUCAGGCCAAGAUGGCCACUGGGGGCUAAGACCAUUAUGAUGAGUGUUUGAUGGACAUUAAUAUAUCACCAGAGCAACAUGCACAGACACAAGUAGCACCACACACACACACUAACCCAGGAAGGGGUUAAUCUGAAUAUUACUCCUAGUGGGUCAACCAAAUCUUAGCUGUCAUGUGAUGUGAACAUUCAUGAAAUACACAUAUUCCCAGUCAUGUAUUCAGGGUACAGCUUGACUUCAUAAAACCUUUAGAUCUAGCUUCCAGUUAGAGGGAAGUCAAAGAUUAGAGAAACUGGCUUAAUAGCAACAUUGAAAACAAUGAGGCAAGUCCAGAGGGUAGGACCUUCUGCAGGAUAAAUGACCUGAUCUCUCCUGAAAGUCCAUGUCAUGAGAAUGGGACUAUGCUAAAUUAAACAAGUUUUAAGAGAUUUAAAAAAACAGAUUUAGUGUAUCAUCCUGUCAUCCUGGAGUGAUUACUAGAUAGGACAAAUCAGUUACAAAGGCUUUGGGGAGCGAAUUUCUAAGAUUCAAGUGUAUUUUGAGUAUUAGAUGAAAAUUCCCUGAAAUGGAAAGGUGCUGACAAUUGGCAAAGGCAGACUGAGGAAGAACAUCCACAAUAUAAUGUUGGUUUGGUUAAAAAUAUAUAAUGGAGGGACAUAGAGGGGGCAAGAAAAGAGCCAUGAAGACAUUUGCUAAAGUGUUAAGUGUUGACCUGUGAAUGAUGGGAAUGUGAUGAGUUUUGUUUUGCUUGUCUGUGUUUUCCAAUUUCCUACAGUUGUACAUUACUACAUUUCUGUGCUAUUAAAAUGGCCAUUUGAACAGUUUGGUGCAUAGAAGGGAAUGAGGGAGAAGACCAGGUGAAAUAUGGAAGUAUAAUCCUGGGAAAAUGAAACUCCACAGUACGGCUUUGUGUGUGAUUUCAAAGGUUCUGUGAACCUCAUCAGUUUCUCCUAAAAGCACCAGUGCUGCCCCCAACCUUCCUCCUCCCUUCUGUCCAGUCAAAGCUCUCCAUUCUCUUAAGAAACUCAAGUUCCUAACUUAGAGCAGACAUGCUUGGACUCACAGUCUCAUUUGUUAUAUGAGAACCCAAAAGCAGUAAGGGAAUAGAUUUCUUCUAGUUUCUUCUCAUUACAAGUUUGACUUUUUUCAUAUUUAAAUUUACUUGGAUCAUUGAAACCUACAGAUGCCCUUGCCAUCCUGUAUGCUUUUUGGAGUUACAUCUUUGGAAAUUAGCAGUGCAAGUUUCAGUGGAAAUAACUCAGACGUUUGCCAAGUCUCUGACCCUGUCUAUCCCCAGACAGAGAACGAAGUUCUCACCAUCUAGUCAAAUCUUGUGUGACUCUGAAGGAAAGUGGGGGUGUGGGCUUGUCUCUCCUUUCCUGUCACCCUGGUAGACAGGUACUAAAACUGAAGAAAAAGGAGAGUCUUUUCAUGAAUAUUUUCAAACAUUUAAAUAUCUAUAAAUGUAUUCUUUGGGAAGUCACUUGAUAGGCUUAGUAUUUACUUCAGACUCUUAUUAUAUACAGAAUAUCUCCAAGUAGCUACUUCAUCGUGAAUGUGGCAGGAUUAAAUAAAGACAUGCUUUUAUUUAAUCAAAUGGAUGUUGACAUUUUUGAAAUCUAACAGUAAAAGAAGCUCAUCCCAUCCUUCCCUGGCCUUUGUUAAAGAAGGGCAUCAUACCUUCACCCCCUGAUUCUAGGAAGCCUGGACCCGUGGGUCUCGCUGGAAUUCACACUGUUUCCUUCCCU